CGAAAUCAUGAAGGGUGUAUUCAUUGCCUUGGCACUCUUUGCCGUGUCAACUCACGCACAAACCGUUGACUGUCCAGACUGCGGACCACCAAUUGUUCCACCAAAUUGUGAACAACCAGAAUGCUGGCAUCCACAAAAUCAACAGAAUCAUGCCUUAUUCCCACAUACUGAUCCAAAUUUCUACUGGCAAUGCGCACCACAAGGUGUGCCAGCAGUUUGGGCUCCAAUGGCUAGACCAUGUGCAUGUGGAACUCAUUUCAAUCCAAAUGUUUUCCCACCAAGAUGCACUUUCUGGUUCGAAAGAAGUUGGCAACCAAUUUGUGGAUGGACGAGACCACCACCAAUGAGACCAUGCGAACCUUGGUGCCCAGAUUGUGGAGACCAAGUUACAGGAGCACCACCACCUCCAAUUACACCAACAACAACAGUGACAGUAACUCCACCAACACCAACUCCCCCUACCUGCAAUUGUCCUUGCGUUCCUUGCAUCUGGUGGCCAUGUAUCCCAUGCAACCCAUGCGCAUGCUAAUCCCUCAAAAAAAUGAAGUCACAUACAAAUUUAUGAUUUUUAGAAUAAUUAAGCAAGCUAUCAACAGGCGAUUUUUAAUAGAUUUAAGGAAGGCAAUAAUUUUAAUUUUAAAUUAUUUAAUGUUUUAUGAAAUGUCACAAAAUCCACACAGUUACAAAUAAGUUGAAAAUACAAGAAAAAGAUUAAAUUGG